CCACUUGACUCAUCUGCACUGCAGCAGAGAAUGAGAAAAAAAAAAACCGAGCCAGUCCGUUUCAACAUCAUUCGCCCCUUCCCACUUGAAAGGAACCCACCUGGGCUCACACACCACAGACACCCGAACAGAGAGCAGUAGCCACUAGCCGCCAGUCCCCCAGCGACAGGACCCCCUGUUCCAUUAGCUCACUUCACUGCCCUGCACACGCACCUGCACAAAAAAGCAACCCGCCACAGCCACACCUCAGAGCCCAAAGCCCAAAAAGCACCACCAUUUUUUGUUACGGGGGCGCUUUCCAAACGCACACAAUAAAGCCCACCGCCCACUUUCGCACUUCCUCUCGAACAUCUCGCUCUCUCUCCCCCUUCCAACCAACCCACCCCCUUCACAUCCUACCUAUACCGCUGAGAACCGGAAUUCUCACGAGUAGUCAAGAUGCCCAAGAACAAGGGAAAAGGAGGAAAGAACCGCAGACGUGGAAAGAACGAGUCUGACCACGAGAAGCGUGAGCUCACCUUCAAGGAGGAUGGCCAAGAAUACGCCCAAGUCGUAAAGAUGCUCGGCAACGGCCGCCUCGAAGCCCAGUGCUUCGAUGGCGUCAAGCGCCUCGCCAACAUCCGCGGCAAGCUCCGCAAGAAGGUCUGGAUCAACCAGGGUGACAUCAUCCUCCUCUCCCUGCGCGAGUACCAGGACGACAAGGGCGACGUCAUCCUCAAGUACACCGCCGACGAGGCCCGCUCCCUCAAGGCCUACGGCGAGCUUCCCGAGUCCGCCAAGAUCAACGAGACGGAUACCUACGGCGCCGACGGCGACGGCGACUGCAACUUUGAGUUUGACGACGACCGCGACUCGGAGGAGAGCGAGGACGAGGGCGCUGGUGGUGCCGGCAAGAAGGAGGUUGACAUUGAUGACAUUUAAACGAUGUCAUCUCUCGUCUUCCAACACUCCCAACAACAUACCAGAGUGUCUAGAACCCCGAAACCUUCCCGCUUUUCUUUCUUAUCCGUCUUUCCUCUACAGCUAGAUGGCGAGAGGUGGGAACGCUGUCUUCUCUCUCAAACCCCACAGCCGUUGAAUAUUAUGUUCUCGGCUGUAGGGUUCCGCGACAGUCAAGGUGUCAAGGGUGGUGCGUUGGACGGGCCAUGGUGGGAGAGACGUCAUGGCCUGUCGAAUCAUCAGAACGAUAGAUCUUACCUCUUUACUUGCGCUUGAGUAAUUAAAUCCAUUUUGCUCAGUGGCUUGCGCCGCUUGCUAAAUGUUCAUCAUA